UCUGGGCAGUCCAGCUGGCUUCACAGUGAGAUGAAACUUGGCACAUCUUAAGUUUGCAGCAUUUUUUUUUCAACACGUGGCAAGCAGGAGGGAUUGUCCCACUUCGACAAAACCCCAAAUAAUCGUCCCUGGUCGUAUCACUGCAGGUCAAGACAACUACAGACACCUCCCCUAGCAAACGCAAUUUACAAACGACAGCCCCCCGAAACUAGCAGGAAACUGUACGCACGAGUCUGCACGUAGCAUUCAGGCACAGACGUUUUAGAAAUCCAACCCUAAGCCACCAGAUGACCAACAGCGUACCGAAACAUCACGAAUAGGAGGAACCAGCGGCAUCUACACACCGUUAACUUCAUCACCCAGUCCGUUUGUAAGGAAACUUCAGAGGACUCAACGGCCGCGGACGCAUUUCUGCUGUUGCUACGGGAUGCUCUGGACGAGGAUGGAGCUACCAUGUUGGUGUUUAUUGCUGCUGAGCUGCCUGCAGUCACUCUCCGCCCACAAUGACUUCUUCACCUCCAUAGGCCAGAUGACAGAUCUUUUAUACACGGAAAAAGACCUUGUCACAUCUCUGAAGGACUACAUCAGAGCAGAGGAGAACAAACUAGAGCAGGUCAAACGGUGGGCUGAUAAGUUAGAUUCCUUGACAGCCACAGCCACACAGGACCCUGAAGGUUUCUUGGGCCACCCUGUAAAUGCCUUCAAACUGAUGAAAAGGCUGAACACAGAAUGGGGGGACCUGGAGAGUCUUGUACUUAGAGACACCACUGAUGGAUUUAUUUCCAACCUGACCAUCCAAAGACAGUACUUUCCCACAGAGGAGGACCAAACCGGGGCUGCUAAAGCUCUUCUCCGGUUACAGGACACAUAUAGACUGGAUGCCAACACCAUCUCCACAGGAGACCUACCUGGAGUGAUACACAAAAGCCGUAUGACAGUGGAGGACUGUUAUGAGUUGGGGAAAAUUGCCUACUCUGAGGUUGAUUACUACCACACAGAGCUGUGGAUGGCCCAGGCCCUCAGACAGCUUGAUGAGGGAGAGGAGUCUACGUUGGAUAAAGUCACCGUGCUGGAUUACCUUAGUUAUUCUGUCUACCAGCAGGGAGAGAUAGAGCAUGCACUAGAGUACACCAAGAGGCUGCUUGAACUGGACCCAGAGCACCAGCGUGCCAAGGGCAACCUGAAAUACUUUGAGUUCCAGCUGGAGAAGCAGAAAAAGGCAGCAGUGGAAGAAAGUCAAAAGCAGAAGGAGCAAGGAACAAAAGAAACUGCUACAAAGGAGAAGAAGCAGAAAUCCAAAAAGACCUUGUCUUUGAUCCCAGAGAGAAAGAAGUAUGAGAUGCUUUGUCGGGGGGAAGGUAUCAGGAUGACACCCCGCAGAGAGAGCCGUCUGUUUUGUCGUUACUAUGACAACAAUCGCAACCCCCAAUAUGUCCUGGCACCUGUCAAACAGCAAGAUGAGUGGGACCGUCCUUACAUCGUUCGCUACCUUGACAUCGUCUCAGAUGCAGAAAUUGAGAAAAUCAAGCAGCUGGCAAAACCGCGACUACGCAGGGCAACCAUCUCCAACCCCAUCACUGGAGUGCUGGAGACAGCUUCUUACAGGAUCAGCAAAAGGCGAGCCACGGUGCAUGACCCCCAAACUGGGAAACUUACCACAGCCCAGUACAGAGUCUCCAAGAGUGCUUGGCUAACUGGCUAUGAUAAUCCAUUAAUUGACAAGAUCAACCAGAGAAUUGAGGAUCUCACAGGGCUGGAAAUUGACACUGCAGAAGAGUUGCAGGUUGCAAAUUAUGGUGUUGGAGGACAAUAUGAACCUCACUUUGACUUUGGAAGGAAAGAUGAGCCAGAUGCCUUUAAAGAACUGGGCACGGGGAAUCGUGUUGCAACUUGGCUCUUUUAUAUGAGUGAUGUAGCUGCUGGAGGAGCCACGGUGUUUCCUGAUGUAGGUGCAGCAGUUUGGCCUAAAAAGGGUACUGCUGUUUUCUGGUACAAUCUUUUUGCCAGUGGGGAGGGAGACUACAGCACCAGACAUGCAGCUUGUCCUGUGUUGGUAGGCAAUAAAUGGGUAUCAAACAAGUGGAUCCAUGAACGAGGCCAGGAAUGGCGGCGACCAUGUGGCCUGAGUGAAACAGAAUGACAAGAAUGGCCAUCGCCUCAUUAAGUCCCUUCCCAUCUCUACUUUUUUUUUUUUUAACCACCGAGGACCAAAGAACAAUGCUGCAGAUUGCAGAUGAUAUAUGGAGUCCCAAAAGGUUAAGCCCUCCCGGCAAACACCUCAUAUUUUCCCCCCGUCUUUUAGUCUCUUAGUGCAGAGAUUGUUUUGGUUUAUGUCGAGCCCAUGAUCUGUACCAGCAUCACUGUGACAGAUAGCAUGUUCUUAAGGUUAUUAGAUGGUUUUGAGAAAUGCUAGAGCAUUGUUCUUUGCACUCUGAAUAAACUAAAGCUCUGUGGUGAGGUCAUCUUUCAGGAGUGACUGCAGGGACUAGCUUUCGUCCCCUCUGUUUGAACCUUAAAGGGAAAGUUCCUGUUUUAAGAGGCCAGCCCUCAUUCCAUUCAUGCCAUUGCCAGAGCACGUGGACCUUGACGUUGGUGAGAAAAUGAAAGAAUCCUCUAAAACAUUUUAAGUAAUGAAAUUGUUAUACCUUCAAAUUAGUUUUAUAAAGCACCACAGAAGGUAUCUCAAGCAGACCCAGACUACAUUUGCCAUCUUUUUUUUAACUAAAAUGUUGAUGGACUUUGUCUAAUAUAUGACUUUACAAAGAAACGUCUUGGUUUACAAGCUCAUGGCAGCAAUCUCUUGUUUCCAACAGCUCAGAAAAAAGUGAAAAAGUGGCAGGUGUGAAUGGACUUACUAGAUAUAAAGAAUAAAAGGUCACACCUCCCCAAAAAAUGGAUGAUCUGGUCACUUUGUUAUUGGAAGACAGAAACACUUCACAUACUGUAUCUUAUGGGGAAAAUGGGUAUUGAGUUGAGUUGUUUGCCAAGUCUAUGCAAUACUUUAUCACAUAUCACAUUUCUUGUUUGUUUGCUACACUUUUUUUUCCAUCACUCAAUUCAAUGUUUACACUAUAGCAUAUUCAAACUGUUGUGCUUAAACCAAGAUAACUGGCAUUUACAUAAGCCCUGAAUGAUGCAUACAAAUUAAGUGUUUGAUAAAAUAAAGUUGGUGUUUGUUUAUCCUGAUUGUCCAAGUGGGAAAGAAAAUAAAGGGACACCAGCUGCCAUUCAUUGAACCCGAA